GAAAAAGAGAGAGAGAGAGAGAGAAAGGGGAAGCCGACAUAUGUCUUCCACCAUAUUCUUCUCAUCUUUCCCCAUGAGAGAUUCCUCUUCUUCUGCUUCUGCUUCUCCUAAAUCUCAGUUCUCUUCCCACCAUUAGAUAUAAUCCACUACUCAAACCAGCCACCACCCUUUUUCACUUUCAACACCUUAACUCCCUUAUUGCCUCUCUCUCUCUUUCUCUCAUCAUCACCAUCAUCAUCACACUUCACAAUUUCUAUUGUACUCUUAGCUAUAAAAUUUUUAUCUGUUUUACUGUUUUGGAUUUCUAGGAAUCAAUCUCUCACUUUGGAACCUUUAAGUUUCUUCUUUUUUUUUUUGGUUGUUUGUCUUUUAUCUGUCGUUAUCUUUGAUUAAGUAAAAGACUUUUUUUUUGAUCUCUCAAUUUAACUUUGAGACUUCCCGGUAGUCUAAUCUGACACGUUCUCUUGUGUCUUUGGUUUCUUUUUUCUGGGAGAGACAACGAGGAUAAUUAAAAAAAAACACAAAGUUCUGUGAUUCUGUACGGUUUGGUUCUACUUGUCUCUAAACUCUUUACUUUUUGAGUUGUUCUCUGUUCAAUUAGUGGGGGGGUUUGAUCGUUUGUGUGUUUCCAAGUAGUGGAUGAGUCUCUUCCAUGUUGUAGAGUUCUGUCUGAAGAUAGGACAACUCUUCUGGAUGCUAUGCUGCUGGUUAGUUUCCUGGUUGAUCGACGACAAGUCUCCUCUUCCUGUCGGCUCUGUCGGUGAUCCUGACAAAACCAAGAUGAAGAAAAAUCAUCAUCAUCAUAAUAAGAUGUGUUUCUUCUGGAACAAGAUCUCCACAAGUGGAUUCAAGAUCCCGACUUUCUCUCUUCAUCCCGUUAGAUUCGGCAAGAAUUGGUGGAAGAAAGUUGUGGUUGCUUGGGUUGUCUUGUGGGUUCUGAUCUCUUUCUGGACCUUUUGCUACUUUAGCUCUCAGGCUAUGGAUAAGAGGAAAGAGACGUUAGCUAGUAUGUGUGAUGAGAGAGCUCGUAUGCUUCAGGAUCAGUUCAACGUUAGUAUGAAUCAUGUUCAAGCUAUGUCUAUCUUGAUCUCCACUUUUCACCAUGCCAAGUUUCCUUCUGCCAUCGAUCAGAGGACGUUCUCAGAGUACACUGAUAGAACUUCCUUUGAGAGGCCUCUUACGAGCGGGGUUGCAUAUGCUGUGAGAGUGCUUCACUCAGAGAGGAAAGAAUUUGAGAGGCAGCAAGGUUGGAUUAUUAGGAGGAUGGAUUCAUUUGAACAAAAACCUGUUCACAAGGAUGAAUAUAACAUAGAAGCGCUGGAACCAUCUCCUGUACAAAAGGAGUAUGCUCCAGUUAUUUUUGCUCAGGACACGGUUUCUCACGUUAUUUCUCUCGAUAUGCUGUCUGGCAAAGAGGAUCGUGAAAACGUGUUACGGGCAAGGAAAUCAGGUAAAGGGGUUUUGACAGCUCCUUUCCCACUGAUAAAGACAAAUAGACUUGGGGUGAUCUUGACAUUUGCUGUAUACAAGAGAGAUCUCCCUUCCAAUGCAACCCCAAAAGAGAGAAUUGAGGCUACUAACGGGUAUCUUGGUGGAGUGUUUGACAUUGAAAGCUUGGUGGAAAACUUGCUUCAGCAGCUGGCGAGCAAGCAAACGAUUCUUGUCAAUGUAUACGAUACAACCAACCAUUCUGAACCCAUUAGCAUGUAUGGUUCUGAUGUGUCGGCUGAUGGGUUGGAACAUGUUAGUCCACUAAACUUUGGGGAUCCAUUUAGAAAGCAUGAAAUGCGUUGCAGGUUUAAGCAGAAACCACCAUGGCCAGUGCUAACAAUGGUGACAUCUUUUUGUAUCCUUGUGAUUGCUUUGCUUAUUGCACAUAUAUUCCAUGCAACCAUGAGCCGAAUACAGAGAGUUGAAGAAGAUUGUCAUAAAAUGAAACUGCUCAAGAAAAAGGCUGAAGCAGCAGAUGUUGCCAAGUCACAAUUCCUUGCCACUGUAUCACAUGAAAUCAGAACUCCAAUGAAUGGUGUUCUUGGAAUGCUCCAUAUGCUUAUGGACACAGAGUUAGAUGUAACACAACAGGAUUACGUUAGGACCGCACAGGCUAGUGGAAAAGCUUUAGUCUCGCUAAUAAACGAGGUUUUGGACCAAGCAAAGAUUGAAUCUGGAAAGCUUGAGCUUGAGGAGGUGCGGUUUGAUUUGAGAGGAAUAUUAGAUGAUGUCCUGUCACUCUUCUCUGGCAAGUCCCAAGAAAAAGGGCUAGAGUUGGCAGUAUACAUAUCUGACCAUGUUCCAGAAAUGUUAAUUGGGGAUCCUGGGAGAUUUCGACAAAUACUCACAAAUCUUAUGGGUAAUUCCAUUAAGUUCACUGAGAAAGGACACAUCUUCGUAACUGUUCAUUUGGUGGAGGAGCUACUAGACUCUAGUGAUGUAGAGACAUCAACAUCUACUGAAAAUACACUGAGCGGGCUUCCAGUUGCAGACAGGCAGAGAAGCUGGCAAAAAUUUAAAUCAUUCAGCUCCAGUGGACAUCGAAGCUUUGCAUUAGCUCCAUCUGAAAUCAACCUAAUCGUCUCAGUAGAGGAUACUGGCGUAGGGAUCCCUGUAGAAGCACAGUCACGUAUUUUUACACCUUUCAUGCAAGUUGGACCGUCCAUAUCCAGGACGCAUGGAGGCACAGGGAUUGGUCUUAGCAUAAGCAAAUGUCUAGUGGGACUGAUGAAGGGAGAGAUUGGAUUCUCUAGUAUUCCCAAGGUUGGGUCAACAUUCACAUUUACUGCUGUGUUUGCCAAUGGCAUGCAUUCAUCUGAAAGAAAGAGUGAACUGCAUAACAAUAAUCAGCCCAUAUUAUCGGAGUUUAAGGGAAUGAAAGCUGUGCUUGUGGACCAUAAGCCUGCUAGAGGGCAAGUCUCACGGUACCAUUUUCAGCGACUAGGAAUUCGAGUUGAAAUAGUUUCAGGUGUUGAGCAGGCUCUACGUUUCACUACCACUGUGAAUAUAAUACUCAUAGAGCAAGAAGUGUGGAGUAAAGAAGCAGAUGUGUUCAUUAAGAAACUGCAGAAGGACCCUCUUGUCCAUUCUCCUAAAUUGUUUUUGUUAGCAAAUUCAAUAGACACCUCAAUAUCAGAUUCUUUAAGAAACAUCAUAGACCCUCCAGUGUUGAUAGUGAAGCCAUUAAGGGCGAGUAUGCUAGCAGCAACUUUGCAGAGAGGUUUGGGUAUUGGGAACAGUGAAACAUCUCAACAAAAGGGACCUCCUGCUUUAAUUCUCAGGAAUCUUCUCCUUGGCAGAAAAAUAUUAAUUGUGGAUGAUAACAACGUAAACCUCAGAGUGGCAGCCGGAGCUUUGAAAAAGUAUGGAGCUGAUGUGGUCUGCGCUGAGAGCGGGGUAAAGGCAAUCUCAUUGCUAAAGCCACCACACGAGUUUGAUGCUUGUUUUAUGGACAUUCAGAUGCCAGAAAUGGAUGGGUUUGAGGCAACGAGGAGAAUAAGGGAUAUGGAAGAGGAAAUGAACGAGAGAAACAAGACUGGUGAGAGUUUGACAGUAGAGGAAAGUAACAGAACAAGAUGGCAUCUUCCUGUACUAGCAAUGACUGCAGAUGUGAUUCAAGCAACGCAUGAGGAGUGUCUAAAGUGUGGAAUGGAUGGGUAUGUAUCAAAGCCCUUUGAAGCAGAGCAGCUGUACAGAGAAGUUUCUCGUUUUUUCAGUUCACCUUCAGAUACAGAAUCAUGAAAGAGGGAAUGGGAUGGAAGAAGAAGAAGGGUGAAAGGAACACACAAAAAAACUCGUGUCUCCGCUGCAUCUUGAAGUAGUAGAACAAAAGAAAACAGAGUGUAUAUAGAGAAAGGCCUGUGUGACGAUCAGAUAGUGAACAAGGCAAGAAGUUUAGACUAGUUUCCACUGUAAAGUUUGCUCUUUUCUUCUCUUCUGAGACCAAAACUUGUGGGGAUUUGUAGAUGAGUUGAAGCUAGAAUCUAUAGAUUCUGACUUGCUUUGGAUGGGAGGGAAGAGAGAGACAUAGAAAGUGUGUAUGUGUGUGAAUGAUUUAGGAUUCUUAUAUUAGGAAAACAGUGCAGCUUCUUUCAGUUAUCAUCGUCCAAGAAUGAUAGAGAGUGGACGUUUGUUUACUACAUAUAUAUAUACAAUAGUGCUUGUGGUAUAAAGUUGAAGAUGGCUUACUUUCUCAUUCUCUUCUUUUCACUGACUGGAUCCGUCUCAAAUGGUUCUUACAACGAAACUAAACUCUUGUAACUGUACAUAGCAAGCAACAAGUAAACACACUUGUUUAUUCGUUUAAGCAACUUGUUGAGAAGAUGCUUAACUUUGGUUCUUUAAUAAAGACUUUG